UCGUUGGUAACCUGGAAAGUACUGUGAUACAACUGGUGCUAAACAAAUAUAGAGACAAGUGAACUUACAAUAAUAAUGCAUCAGUAUGGCUUUGUUGGUACUGUACACCGAGUACAACAGAGUCUGGAUUCAAGAUGCAGAACAUGUGUGGAAAUCAGCCGAGAUUACGAAAGAUUUUCAUUUGGGAGAUAAUAUUCUUGAAUUGCUUCUUGAAGAUGGCACUGAACACUACUACCCUGUUGACCCAUCAAACCCACAACUCCCUCCUCUUCGCAAUCCGGACAUUUUGGUUGGGGAGAAUGACCUCACAGCUCUCAGCUACUUGCAUGAACCUGCAGUCCUGCACAACCUCAAAGUGCGAUUUGUGGAGUCCAGGAUCAUCUAUACCUACUGUGGUAUUAUACUGGUGGCUGUAAAUCCAUACAAACAGCUCCCUAUCUAUGGAGAUGCAAUCAUUCAUGCCUACUCAGGCCAGAACAUGGGAGACAUGGACCCUCAUAUAUUUGCUGUGGCAGAGGAGGCUUACAAACAGAUGGCCAGAAACAACAAGAACCAGUCGAUCAUUGUCAGUGGUGAAUCUGGAGCUGGUAAAACAGUGUCUGCUCGGUAUGCUAUGAGGUACUUUGCUGUUGUAAGUAAAUCUGGCAGUAAGACUCGAGUUGAAGACAAAGUCCUGGCAUCCAAUCCAGUAACAGAGGCAAUAGGAAAUGCAAAAACCAUAAGAAAUGACAACAGCAGCCGGUUUGGCAAAUACACUGAGAUCAGCUUUGACAAGAGGUACCGAAUCAUUGGAGCAAACAUGAGAACUUACCUCUUGGAAAAAUCCAGAGUUGUUUUUCAGGCAGACAACGAGCGAAAUUAUCACAUUUUCUAUCAGAUGUGUUCCUGUGCUCACCUGCCCGAGUUCAAGAACCUAAGACUGUUGAGUGCAGAUAACUUCCAGUAUACCUCCUUGGCUGGUGAUGUCACUAUAGAAGGCGUAGAUGACAAGAAAGGCAUGGAAGAGACUCUGCGGACCUUCUCAUUGCUGGGGUUGAAGGAGGACUUUCAGUCAGAUGUUUUCAAAGUUUUGGCAGCCAUUCUGCAUUUGGGAAAUGUGGAAAUCAGACACUCGGGAGAUGACAAAUCAUCAGUUCCACCCAGUGACCCACACCUUGCAGUGUUCUGUGAGUUGCUGGGUGUGAACACAGAGAGGUUGGUGCGUUGGCUGUGCCAUCGGAGGAUCGUUCUGGUGGCUGAAACAGUGGUGAAGCCGGUGUCCAAGGAGCGUGCAGUAAAUGCCAGAGAUGCUCUAGCCAAGCAGAUCUAUGCCCAUCUCUUUGACUGUAUUAUUAACAGGAUAAACACAGCACUAAAGGUUCCAGGAAAGCAACAUGCUUUCAUUGGUGUUUUGGACAUUUAUGGCUUUGAAACAUUUGACAUCAACAGCUUUGAACAGUUUUGUAUCAACUAUGCAAAUGAAAAGCUUCAGCAGCAGUUUAACCUGCACGUGUUCAAGCUAGAGCAGGAGGAGUACAUGAAAGAGGACAUCCCAUGGACGCUGAUAGAUUUCUAUGACAACCAGCCGGUCAUUGACCUGAUUGAAGCAAAGAUGGGAAUCCUUGACUUGCUUGAUGAAGAAUGUUUGUUUCCUCAGGGCACUGAUCAGAGUUGGCUGCAAAAGUUGUACAACUACUUAGAUGCCAGUCCUCUAUUUGAGAAGCCGAGGUUAUCAAAUGAGGCAUUUGUGAUACAACACUUUGCAGACAAGGUUGAAUAUCAGUGCAGGGGCUUUCUUGAGAAGAAUAGAGACGCUCUCUAUGAAGAACUGGUUGAGAUUAUGAGAGUCAGUAAGUUUCCUUUUCUGGCCAGCUUUUUCCAAGGGGAGGAACAAAGCACCGUGACCAGUAAAGGUGUCAAAGUGAGGCCUGCUAGGCCUGGAGUGAAACCAGCCAAUAAACAGCUGAGGACUUCUGUGGGAAAUAAGUUCUGCCGCUCCCUGUCAUUACUGAUGGAAACACUGAACGCUACCACACCUCACUAUGUACGCUGCAUUAAGCCAAAUGAUGAAAAGCUCCCAUUUGAAUAUGACUCCAGGAGGGUUGUGCAGCAGCUGCGAGCCUGUGGAGUCCUUGAAACUAUUCGUAUCAGUGCAGAGAGCUAUCCAUCCAGGUGGACAUACAUUGAAUUUUACAGCCGAUACAGUAUCCUAAUGUCCCAUGAGGAGGGGGACCUCAAUGACAAGAAACAGACCUGCAAAAAUGUGCUUCAGCGGUUGAUUCAGGACUCCAACCAGUAUAAGUUUGGUCGGACAAAGAUCUUCUUUCGAGCUGGUCAGGUAGCUUAUCUAGAGAAGCUGCGUCUGGACCGACUGCGAGGAGCCUGCGUAACCAUCCAGAAACAUGUCCGUGGAUGGAGCCAGAGGAGGAGGUACUUGCGCAUGAGAGAGGCUGCCAUCAUCCUGCAACAGUACAUCCGUAGAAAGAAGGCAAUCCGUAAAGCAGUGAGUGCUGAAACACUCACUGCUUUACUGAAGAAAGGCUGGGCAGCAAUGGUGAUCCAGAGGCACUGGAGAGGCUACCGCAUGAGACAGAUCUACCAGCUAGUUCGUCUGGCCUCCAUCACCAUCCAGGCCUUCACACGCGGUUGGAUGGCCCGUAAACAGUACAAGAAGGUCACUAACUGGAGGAUCAUUAAUUAUUCAUCUAUGAUGAAGGAGCACAAAGCCCUGGUUCUCCAAAAGUAUGCCAGAGCAUGGCUCGUUCGACGGCGAUUUCAAACCAUGCGUCGGCUGGUGCUUAAUGUCCAGCUGUCCUACAGGGUGCAGCAGCUCAGGAAGAAAAUCGAAGAGCAGAAUAAGGAAAACUGUGGACUGGUGGAAAGAUUCACCAGCUUGGCCAACACCCAUUCUCAAACCAUGGACAGACUUCAGGGUUUGGAGGUACAGCUGGAAAAAUCAAACAACCAGAAAGCAUCUCUGGAGGCAAGAGAGAAGAAAGCGAAAGAAGAUGCUCAUCAGACAAUUGCACAGCUUCAAAGGGAAAUAGAAACAUUAACCCUUGAAAAACAGAACCUGGAGAAACAGUUUGCAGCUUCCAUCAAAGAGGCUAAAGAGAACUUUGAUCAAAUAAAGAGGAAUCUUUUAGACGAGAAAGAAAAUGAAACAAGACUUAAAAAAAUUGCAGAGAACAACAUUGUGAUACAGAGACAGGACCAUGAGAAGGAGGCAGGAACUCUCAAAGAGGAGAUUAAGAGAUUGAAAGAAGAGAGAGCCAAUCUUCACAGAAAGCUAGAGGAGGGGGGGCAGGUGAACUCUGACCUGCAGGAACAAGUCAUCCAGCUCACCAAGCACGUCAAGGUCAUUCCUGAGCUGCGCAGAGAUCUGAGCAACUUGCAAAAUCAGAGGAAUGACAUGAACCGAAAGAUGAAGCAGCAGUCUGAACAAGCAAGAGCUAAAAUGAACGAGAUUGUGAGACAACUUCUUGGUGGUGUUGUUGCGGAGCAGGUUCUUUUGGGGUUAACUCCAGAUGACUCUGAGAAGAUUGAUGAAGUGGAAGAUAUGCUGGGAUCCUUUGAAAGCCUACAAAAAGCUAGCAGAAUACUGGAAAACCACCAGAAGGAGCAGAAAGACAGCUAUGAUACCCAAGUGGAGGGCUUCAAAUUAAAAAUGGACCAUCUUCAAGAGGAGAACAGCAGGUUGCAAACGCUGUUCCAGGAGAAAAGUAAUGUCGCUGAGAAUAUUCGCCAAGAAGUGUCCAGGCUCAGCAGUGAGAACUCGGUUAUACCUGAACUGAAACUGCAGGUUUCAGAGCUGCAGAGACAAAGCCAUGAAUUGGAGAUCCAAGUAAUAGAGCAGAAGAGAGAAUUAGCAGAAAAGACUGAGGAGAUCACCAACAUUCUUCAAGGGAAGAUUGAAGAAGAGAGAGCACAGCGCAGGCUCUUUGAGGGAAAAGCUGAAGAGCUGGAGGAGAUAAGGAGGGACCUUCAAGACCGAGUAGAGGAGCUUGAAGAGGAGAAUGAUCACUUGAAGAGACAGCAGCUAAUGGAGAGCGAGGCCAAGAGAAAACUGAGACAGGAGACUUCACGGUUAACAGCUGAGAACAUGGACUUUGAAGAGCAGCUCGACCAGAAAGACAGAUUAAUAAAGAAACUCCAGUAUCAAAUAAAGAGCCUUGAAGCAUCACAGAAAGCCAAGUCUACGCCCUCUGUUCCCAAAGAUUAUCUUGGCAUGUUGGAGUACAAGAGAGAGGACGAACCCAGGCUCAUUCAAAACAUCAUUCUUGACCUGAAGCCCAGAGGUGUGGUGGUGAGCAUGAUCCCUGGUCUGCCAGCUUACGUCCUCUUUAUGUGUGUCCGCCAUGCUGACUACCUGAACGAUGAAGCCAAACUCAAGUCUCUUAUGAAUGCAAUCAUCGGUGGUGUCAAAAAGGUUAUCAUGAGUCACCCCAAAGACUUUGAGUUGCUGUCCUUCUGGCUCUCUAACAUGUACCAGCUGCUCAACUGCCUGAAGCAGUACAGUGGGGAAGAGGAGUUCAUGAAACAAAGUACUCCUCGCCAAAAAAAGAACUGUUUGCAGAAGUUUGAUUUGUCAGAACACAGGCAGAUCCUCAGUGAUCUGGCCAUCCACAUCUACCACCAGUUUAUUACAGUCAUGGAAAAGACCCUCACUCCUGCGAUUGUACCCGGCAUGUUGGAGCAUGAGAGUUUACAGGGGAUUUCAAGCAUGAAGCCAACAGGCUUCAGGAAACGUUCCAAUAGCAUCUACGAGGAAUCAGAGACCUACACCAUCUCCUCCAUUAUUCAACAGCUCAGUGUCUUCCACUUAACCAUGAUGCAGCAUGGCAUGGAGCAGGGCCUCAUCAAACAGGCUGUUAAACAACUGUUCUUCCUAGUGUGCGCGACCACCCUCAACAGCAUCAUGCUCCGCAAAGAUAUGUGUUCCUGCAGGAAGGGAAUGCAAAUCCGAUGUAACAUCAGUUACCUGGAGGAGUGGCUGAAGGAGAAGGAACUUCAAAGCUCUAAUGCUAUGGACACUCUAAAGCCGCUGAGCCAGGCUGCCUGGCUGCUGCAAGUCAGCAAGUCCACUGAUGGCGAUGCUGAGGAGAUUACUGAAAAAUGCACUGAACUAAACCCUGUUCAGAUUGUGAAGAUUUUGAAUUCGUAUACACCUAUUGAUGAUUUUGAAAAAAGGGUAAUGUCAUCAUUUGUCCGCAAGGUUCACUCAUUACUACAAGAUCGUGAAGGGUCCACGCAGCUGAUGCUGGAUACAGAUUAUCGUUUCCAGGUCACAUUUCCCUUCUGCCCGUCCUCACAGGCUCUAGAGCUGCUGCAGAUCCCAAGCAGUCUUCAUCUGGACUUUCUAACCAGGAUCUGACACCUUUCAUUCCUUAUGAUGGAUAUGGUUGUAUCUUAUUGUAUAUACAUAAAUAUGUAAACCUAUAAAAACAAUCUAAACCACAUAUUUAAAAUUCAGUGCUGUUGGCAUUUUAAGAAAAACUGAGGUCAUAUCUCCAACUUCAGCCCCUCUCUCAAUUUAUUCAAUCAAAUAUUUGUACUGAAUUUUAUUAGAGCUGCAAGGAAUAGUCACAUAAUUGAUUAGUUGGUCCAAAUGUGUGGCAGCUAUUUUGAUAAUUGCAUUUCUACCAAUUCUCUGGAUUGGCAGUUUAAUCUUUAAUGAAAAAAUCAUCACAGCCCUAAAUCUUAUUUCCCAGCAUCCAGGUCUAAAUACUGUCAGCACCUCCUUUGUGCUGCUGUGACUAAAGAUCUAGCGGGAAAGAAUGAAUCCUUCAUUACUUUUUUGUUGUUGUUUUAAACAUAGCGAAUGCGUGUAUAUACUAGGUUGAUAAAAGUCCUAUAAAUUCCCCAGACACUGAGGGCAUGACUUCAGUGUUUGUAACGGUGUGUAAGUGAAAAUGGACUCAGUGAAACAACAGUAUUCUGCAAGGUCGAUUAGAAAACUGUACUGUAAGAGAUAUUGAAUAUGAAAACAUUUUUAAUGAUUCAAUCAGUCAGAGAGCUGCCUCGGUUUUGUA